AUGAAUGAGAAGAUGGGAAGCAAGAGAAAAAGAUGGGAAGGUGAAGGAGGGGAAAUGAAGAGUGAAGAAGGGAACAUUGAAUGGGAAAAACUAAGGGAAGAGACAGCAUCCAUGGCUGCUGCUAUACUUGGAGCUAGAAGAGCUAAGAAACGUUACAUUGGAGUGAGACAAAGACCUUCAGGGCGAUGGGUGGCUGAAAUCAAAGACACCAUACAGAACAUUAGACUUUGGUUAGGCACUUACGACAUUGCUGAAGAUGCUGCAAGAGCUUAUGAUGAAGCAGCACGUUUGCUUCGGGGUGCCAACACUCGCACAAACUUCUUUCCAUCCCAAUCUUCUCCUUCUGUUCCUGCUCUUCCUCCAAAGAUUGCCAAACUCCUCCUUCUUAGGCUCAAAGCUAGAAACUUUGCCUCUUCAUGUAGGGUAACCACUCCUUUUCCAAGUAACCACUAUGACCAAGAAACCAAACUAGAACCUCAACCUCAACCUCAACCAGAACCAGAACCUAAACCCAAAUUUUAUCACCAAAUAGAAGAACCCCACUGCGGGGAUAUUGUAGACAUGGUAGGAAACGGGGCUGUAGAAGAAGGUUAUUAUAGUGCUAGUUUUAGUUCUUCUGCCAUAACUACUUGCGACUAUAGUUGUGGUACUAAUGAAGAAAAUUCUAACCAAGACGGUAGUGGGGAAGAUUUUAGCUUCGAGUAUCAUUGUGCUGAGAAUGUUUAUGAUGAAACCAAGCAGAGUGUAAGUGGUAAAGGAGAGUUUGAAGCUUGUGAUGUUGGCAUACGUGAUUUUCAGUUUUUAGACUCUGCUGGAUCAUUGAGCUACUCUUUUUCUCCAUUUGAGAUAGCAGAGGAGAUGGUGGGACCCAUAGAGGAAAACAAAUAUUAUGAUGUUGAUGAUUCGCCAUUAGGUAGAGAAAGUUUCAGGAUGGAGUAUGAACGUAAAUUCUCUGCUUGUCUUUACACCUUAACUGGGGUGUCUGAGUGUUUGAGGCUACAAAUUGGACCAGAAAAUGGAAAGGAAUUGGAAAACUUUUGA